UACUGGAUUAAGCAGGUCUGCUAUUGCAGACAGACACCAGGCUCCAUUCUAGCGUGGAGCUGUGUUUGGAUUGGAGUUUCCAGGGCCUUAUCAGGAGCCACCCCUAGUGACACAGCCGGUGCCAGAAGUAACUUUGACUUUCACUCUUCGCCAAGGGCUUGCAGAACACCUUAAAGGAAGAAAGAUGGAGGCGCUUAGAUUUGAGAUGCUCAUCCCCUGCUCCUUUGAAAGCUUGUAUCUCAGUUCUGCAGAGCAUUCUGGGGCCUCCAAGCCUCCGUUAAGCUCCUCCACUAUGACAUCACGCAUCUUGCUACGCCAGCAACUCAUGCGUGAGCAGAUGCAGGAGCAGGAGCGCAGGGAGCAGCAGCAGAAGCUGCAGGCAGCCCAGUUCAUGCAACAGAGAGUGGCCGUGAGUCAGACACCAGCCAUAAACGUCAGCGUGCCCACCACCCUUCCCUCUGCCACCCAGGUGCCGAUGGAAGUCCUUAAGGUGCAGACCCACCUGGAAAACCCCACCAAGUACCACAUACAGCAAGCUCAGAGGCACCAGGUAAAGCAGUACCUUUCUACCACUUUAGCAAAUAAACAUGCCAGCCAAGUCCUGAGCUCACCAUGUCCAAACCAGCCUGGCGACCAUGCCAUGCCACCAGUGCCGGGGAGCAGCGCACCCAACAGCCCUAUGGCUAUGCUCACUCUUAACUCCAACUGUGAAAAAGAGGCAUUUUAUAAGUUUGAGGAGCAGAGCAGGGCAGAGAGUGAGUGCCCAGGUAUGAACACGCACUCUCGAGCGUCGUGCAUGCAGAUGGAUGAUGUAAUUGAUGACAUCAUCAGCCUGGAAUCAAGUUAUAAUGAAGAAAUUUUGGGCUUGAUGGAUCCGGCCUUGCAAAUGGCAAAUACGUUACCUGUCUCUGGAAACUUGAUCGACCUCUAUAGCAGCCAGGGCCUGCCGCCGCCAGGCCUUACCAUCAGCAACUCCUGUCCAGCCAACCUUCCCAACAUAAAAAGGGAGCUCACAGCGUGUAUUUUCCCCACAGAGUCUGAAGCAAGAGCAUUGGCUAAAGAGAGGCAGAAAAAGGACAAUCACAACUUGAUUGAACGAAGAAGAAGAUUUAACAUAAACGACCGCAUUAAGGAGCUAGGUACUUUGAUCCCCAAGUCAAAUGAUCCAGACAUGCGGUGGAACAAGGGAACCAUUCUCAAGGCCUCUGUGGACUACAUCCGGAAGUUGCAACGGGAACAGCAACGAGCUAAGGACCUUGAAAACCGGCAGAAGAAGCUGGAGCAUGCGAACCGGCACCUGCUGCUCAGAGUACAGGAGCUGGAGAUGCAGGCUAGAGCACACGGACUUUCCCUUAUCCCAUCCACCGGUCUCUGCUCGCCUGAUCUGGUGAAUCGGAUCAUCAAGCAAGAACCAGUUCUUGAGAACUGCAGCCAGGAACUUGUACAGCACCAGGCAGACCUGACGUGUACGACAACUCUGGAUCUCACGGACGGUACCAUCACCUUUACCAACAACCUCGGCACCAUGCCAGAGAGCAGCCCGGCCUACAGCAUCCCCAGGAAGAUGGGCUCCAACUUGGAAGACAUCCUGAUGGACGAUGCCCUCUCACCAGUUGGUGUCACCGACCCACUGCUGUCAUCAGUGUCUCCAGGAGCUUCAAAAACAAGCAGCCGGAGGAGCAGUAUGAGCGCAGAAGAAACGGAGCAUGCGUGUUAGCGAGCCUGCCUUGAUCUGCCUCUGCACGGACUGCUCCCUCUCUUCUUCAGUAGACUUUAUAAUUUAGCUGAAGAGGUUUUCUUGAUAAUUUUCCUUUAAUAUGAAUUUUUCGUGCUUUAUCAGUAGCCCAGGAUAUAUUUUAUUUUUAGAAUUUUGUGAGCCAGACUUGUAUAUUCUAUUUUACAACUACAAAGGCCUCCUAAGUAUUGUACCUUCAGCGUGCAGUAUCUGUGAACUGAUUUCUCGAAGUAUGAGCUUUCUGAGCAAGGGGAUUUUUUUUUUUUUUUUUUUUUUGCUUCAGAGAAGUAAGUGUCCAUUUUCAUUCAGGGGAAAACUUGGUGUGAGCUUUGUCUGUGACCUCCUUUGAAAUUAACAUGUAAAGUUUAAUUACACGAAUGUAAAGCAACCAAAAGAAGAAAACAAAGAAGAUGAUGAUUAUGAUAGAAGAAGGAGAAGAGGAAGAGGAAGAGGAGGAGGAAGAGGAGGAAGAAAGAUGGUGGGGAAGACAUCCAAGACUUUCUCACUUUCUAAAUGCGGCAAUUCCCUGGUUCUGCCUUAAAGACACAGUGCCCUCCCUUCCUCCCAGCGUUACUAUGGCUUUGUACUGAAAACUGCGUAAAGAAGAAUAUAUUACAUACAGACGAAUCUAGCAGUCAUUUUCAUGAGGAUUGUCUGGCUAGGAAAUGUAACUUAUGCUAACCCAAACUGAAAGAAGUUAUUAGACCAAGGCAUGAAACAUAGGAUCUCACCUGCUGGCUUUUAUUGGGCACAGUUAUAGUUUUCCUCAUAAGUGUGAUUAAUUUUUUCAUAAGAUUUUUUGAGAUGGAAAUGAAUGUCCUCUCUGAGUAAAACAUUGAGGAACACCGGAUGUUUGUUUCACUUUUUUUUUUCUUUUUCUUUUCUUUUUUCCAUUUUUGCUUUUGAUAAAGACAACUGAACUGGGCACAUUUCUAAUUGGCUUUACUAUUUUUAUUUUUAAAUUAUGUUUUAGCCAUUUUAAUUGUAUAGAUUCUUUAUUAUCAUCAUUUUUUUCAGUGUUUGUAUUAAUUUGUAAGAAUAUGCAUCUUAAAACGGUGAGUUUUCAAUAUUUUUACAACUCAUUGGUGUUCUCUGCCUUCUUUGUAACCCAAGAAAGACUACUUUGAUGCAAGGUCUUGUGUUCAAAGAGAGCUUUGCAAAUAUUUUGUAUAUUCCACUAUCACUUGAAACUGUUUUUCAACACAUUUAAGGUGUAGUAUUAAUAGGUUAACAACCAGGCUUUCUAGAAAAAAAAUACUUACAUAUGCAUUUCUAGGGUAUUAAAAUAACUAUAUUCUUGAAGAUUGAUAGCCAUAGCAUUUACCAUGCCCAUGAUGGUCAAUUCAAUUAGGAUUUAUUUCAACACACCGGCUAGAUUCUUUUUAAAGAGAGAAACACUGUAUUGGCGGAUUACUUGAUAACAACAUUUUGACCAAGUGGCAACAUUGUAAAGUUAGUUUCUGUGCAUUACCUACUUGCAUAACCCUAUGCAAUAUCUGUAGAGUUACAUGUAUCAAGUCUAGAUGUUUUGUGCAGGUGAUACAUACUGGUACAAGCCAGGCUGCCUAAUGGAAUUUCUCAGUAGCAGCCUGUGAUUGAAUCCUGUGUGGCAUAAAGCAUAUCCNUUCAGAAUGAAGUGCCUUAAAAAUCUCAGCAGUCUCUUUCGGACCAGCACUGACUGAACUGUAAACUAGGAGAAAGUUUCAAGAUGGAAUCUGGAGUGAAGAAGGAAGACGUAGCAUGGUGCCUCUGUAGACAUUCUAAGAGCUUCCAAUUUCCCUUCAGAUAUUUUUAAUAUGAAAUAUAUUUUACUGACAGUGCCAAAUUCUUUCAUCAGGAAACCUUUUUCAGGAGGGUUUUUUUUUUUUUUUAAAAAAGUGUUUAAAUGUCUAAUGUGAAUUGGUGAUGGGUGAUGGAGAGAUCCAAGAGCAGUGAUUGUCAGAUGUAUGAAUGGAUGGCCUUGGUGAGAUUCGUCAAGUGCGCGGUUCCCAUGCAUGUUGGGUAAUGCAAAUCUUUGGAAACACUGAUGAUGCUAUCCAGUCUUGUAGCUUUAUUACUUAAGGGGGUAGGGAAAAUAAGUUCCCAUUCUUUCAACUCCCUUAAGUGUGUGACUCUUUUCCUAGAAUAGAAAUGCAAAUGUGCAUGAAAAGAUAAUUGUACCAUAGUGUUCACCGAUACAAUCAUAGCAUUGUCUGUUUUUCUCUUCAUAUUUAUGUGGGGCGGGGUGGGGGUGGGGGUGGGGAGGGCUGGAUGCAGAAGUUGAAGAUUGCAAUGCUAUGAUGCUAGGUUUUCUUAGCUGAUUCUGACAUUUUCUUUUUUUCCUUUUUUAAUAAUUGAACAAGGUUUCACAAAGUUGACUAUGGCCAAGGCAGAGCAACUUUCUAGGGAGCUUUGUUGAGAGAAAGUAUGGCAUAUUGCACCAUUACCUUGGCUUGUAGCCUCUGAGCUUGCCACCAUUGGCUUUCCAGGCACCUUCCUCCUAAGACACAGCUGCUGGGAGAGGCAGGCAAGCAAUUUAGAGGCGACAACACAGGGAGUGGUUUUAUUUAUUUCUUUUGUGCCAGCCAGAAUGUGGAUUCUUUCAGGGACUGGUUAAGCCAAGACGCAGUGUUUUUGCUCACUGUUUUUAAGGAGAGAAUGAAUUAUCCUUGCCUCUCACUCCCCAACCCCUGGGUGCAGAAUUGUAUCUCAGGGUUGGACCUCCGUUUAGAGUGCUCAAAAUACCAAAAUUAUCCACCUGCCUCUGGGUCAGGUAAUGGAAAUACCAAACCUUCCGACUUUGCCAAAAACUGUACAAGCAAUCUGGUCAUACCCAGAGCAUGAUGCAGUUCAGUUUGGUUGUUUGUAAACAAUAAAGCAAUAAGAAUAAACAAAAUGCACAGGACAUUAAAAGAUAUAAACAAAGCACAAAGGAAUGUAACUUGUUAAUAUUUCUGAAAAAAAAAUGCACUGGGGAGAAGUUGAUGUUGAUAAUAGUAUAAAAANUACCCAACUUCUUGACAAAGACAACAAAUGACUGUCUCUUGCAGACACUUGCUACUGUAAUGUCAAUAACAGCCCCCCGCUGUUGGGUACAGCAAUACUUUCUGUAUGGUCCGCAGCACUGUAUAUUAUGAUUGAUAUUAAUGUAUCCAAUGAAAUAAUUGAACUGUUGUUCUUCAUAGCCUCAUUAAAGCAUUUGGUUUUUCACAUUGUGUUGA